AUGGAGCACUUUCGAUUUAUAUGUUCUACUACUGUGCAACCCUCGAGCCAAAUUGAUCAGCCUACUCUUAGAAUUGAGUUAACACCUUGUGAUCUGCAACUCAUUGUGUUAGAUUACAUCCAAAAGGGCAUUCUCUUCCACAAACCUCAAUCCAAUUACCCGAAAGAUCCCAACAAGAGCUUACUCGAGCAUCUAAAAGCCUCCUUCUCCCGCACAUUGGACAUCUUCUAUCCCCUCGCCGGCCGUCUCGCCAUAACUGAAAAUGAUCAAGAUAACACAACCUCAUUUUCCGUUGACUGCAACGGCGUCGGAGCCCAAUUUGUCCAUGCAGCCGCCGAUGGUGUCACGGUGGCGGAUGUCCUCGAUCCUAUUUUAGUUCCCGACGACAUCGUUUACUCAUUCUUCCCGUUGAAUGGUGUUUUGAACUACCAAGGCACGUCCACGCCGUUGCUUGCAGUGCAAGUCACAGAGCUUGUUGAUGGCAUAUUCAUUGGUCUUAGUAUGAAUCACUCAGUUGUUGAUGGUACGUCGUUUUGGAACUUCUUCAAUACUUGGUCCGACAUCUCUCGUUGCGGGAAAACUUCGCAGCCGGUGCCGAUUUUCAGCCGUCAGUUUCUUGAUGGCAUAAUUGAUCUCCCGGUUCGCAUACCUCACUUCCGGGACCAAAUCCCUGCUGCAGAAAGUACUUCUUCUUUACCUCCAGUUCUCCUGCAACAAAGAGUGUUUCACUUCUCUAAAGAAAAAAUUGCAGGGAUUAAAGCUAAAGCAAAUUCCCAAAUGGGAACGAGCAAGAUCUCAUCCCUUCAAGCACUCUUGGGUCGUCUUUGGUUAUCCAUAGCCCGAGCUGAAUGUCACAGUUCAGGCACUGACCAAGAGACUAAAUACAAGAUCUUAGUAGGGAUGAGGCAGAGAUUGAAGCCGCCAUUGCCGGACCAAUACCUCGGAAAUGCGGUUCUAUUUGGGGUAGUGAAGUCCACGGUAGGCAAUCUGGUUGAGCAAUAA